AUGUCGAAUCAGUGCCAUGCACUGCACCUUCAACAUGGAGCAUUGAAGUGGAUAUGCGCACACUGCGAGGCUCUGAUAGAGGAAUGUUCACGCAUUCUGAAAGGAGCCUUGGUAGGGGCUGUGACCACCAGUUCACCACAAAUCUCCAAUACUCGCGUUAAACAUACUAUGAAGGAAAAAAAUGGAAAGGAGAAAAUCACGAGCACAAAGAGAAAGAAACCACGCAAAGGGGAUACGGUUAAACCGUUGGAGUCGAUAGAAGUGACUGCACGUAUAGAGCAGCUGGAGAAAGGUCUUCGAGAUCUGCAACGCAGCACUCAGGUGCUAUCAUGUCGAACGAGAAACGUCUUGCUACAUAACUUUGUAGAGCCAAUGAUUUGCGAUACUAAAGCGCGACGAAAGGCGGAUCGCAGACACGUUCAAGAUGUUUUCCGACUGGCGGAUAUACUGGCCAAUACGCCCUAA